AUGCUGUCAUUGUACGAGGGUAGCCUCGGCCCGCUCGGCGAAUUUCGUGGGAACUGUCUUGGCGGCACACCGGACCGCGGUGAGCGGUGCGGCGAGGAGGUAGCAACGCUGUUGUCUUCACUUUGCCCUUUACGCGUCGACGUGCUACGUGAACCAGAGAUUCCCAUUGCUGCUGACGCCUGGUUUGCCCUUUCGAAGUCCUUCUGGGCGGUAAAUGAGGCCACUCUGCCCGCAGCCUCCGGGGGAAGUGGCUUGUUCUUUGGGUACAUGUUUCACGCCUCUGGUCCCUCUAUUCCUUCAGCAAAGUCGCUGCAACUCCGGUUUAUCUUCUUCUGA